UGAGAAGAGAUUUUUAUUACAUUUUUUUGUUAUUAUUCCUUCAUAUUUCAAUGACUGCACGACAAUAGACAUAUUUUUGUGAUGGCUGAUUCAUCUCAAGAUGCAGGGGAAGGUGAUUCAAUUAAAGUAUUUGUUCGAGUUCGACCACCUGAUAAUAGAGAUAAUGAAGUGGGAUCUAAACGUGUCGUUGAUGUUGAUGAAGGAAGGAAAGCCAUCAUCAUGCAAUCAAAACCAGAACCUAAACUAUUUACUUUUGAUCAAGUAGCCGAUAUCCAUAUUACACAGGAAUCUGUAUUUACUGCUGUAGGUAAGAAGAUAAUAGAAGGCUGUGUAACAGGAUAUAAUGGAACCAUAUUUGCUUAUGGUCAGACUGGUUCUGGUAAAACAUUUACUAUGUUGGGUCCAUCAGAAGAUUCUGAUAAUUUUCAGCAUGAAAUGAGAGGAGUGAUACCUAGAGGUUUUGAAUAUUUAUUUAGUUUGAUAAACAGAGAACAAGAAUUGCAUGGAGAAAGAAAACAAUUUUUAUGUCGAUGUUCGUUUAUAGAGAUAUAUCAAGAACAAGUAUUUGAUUUACUAGAUCCGGCGUCUACAGGUCUACAUCUACGAGAGAAUAUUAAAACUGGUGUAUAUGUUGAUGGUAUAGUAGAACAAGCUGUCGCAAAUUAUUCAGAAGCUUAUCAAGUAUUAAAUGCGGGUUGGCUCAAUAGAAGAGUUGCUGCUACAUCUAUGAAUCGAGAAAGUUCUAGAAGUCAUGCUGUCUUUACUGUGUCUAUAGAAUCAAAGGAACAAAAGGGAGGUGUACAGAAUUUAAAAACAUCUCAGUUAAAUUUGGUUGAUUUAGCUGGAAGUGAGAGACAAAAAGAUACACAUGCCAUCGGUGCUAGAUUAAAGGAAGCUGGUAGUAUCAACAAGUCUUUAUCUGUAUUAGGUAAUGUUAUAAUGUCUCUAGGUGAUAUAGCACAUGGUAAAAGUAGACAUGUACCAUAUCGGGAUUCAAAACUCACAUUUUUAUUACGGGAUUCUCUGGGUGGUAAUGCUAAAACACAUAUAGUAGCCUGUGUUCAUCCUGGUUCUAGAUGCUUUGGAGAGACAUUGUCAACGCUGAUGUUUGCUAGAAGAGCUAAAUUGAUCAAAAAUAAGGCUGUACUGAAUGAAGAUACCCAAGGUAACUUGAUGCAUCUACAAGCUGAAAUACGUAGAUUAAAAGAUAUGUUGGCCCAAUUUGUUGAUGGAAAUAUACCAAAAGCUAUUGGUGAUUCUACAGAAGAAACCCCAGUCACUACUGCCAGCUCAGAUAACUCGGAAUGGAAAAAAUUCUUCAUGGAGGCUAUGUUUUUCCGAGAAAAAUCUGAACAAGAAAAAAAGAAUAUAUUACAAGAUCUGAGUAAAUAUGAAGAGUUAUGUAGUAAAAAAGAGAAAUUUUUACAGUCAACUAAAAUGAUUAUCAAGUUUCGAGAGAAUCAUAUAGCUAGAUUAGAGAAAUCUCUUAAAGCUAAAGAACCUGUACCUCUUUCUGAGAAAGAUAUUGAAAUAGCUGAAUUAAAAGAAGAAUUAAUGAAUGUGAAGAAUCAAUUAGAACACCAUCCAGCAUUUGCUAAAUAUGCCAUGGAAGUUCAGCAUCUGAAAUCAGAAAUAAAACUCAGUCGCAGUCAUAAUUUACAAUCUACAAUGUCUGAUACACAGUGUUUAUCACAACUAGAAAAUACCUUUCAUAAAUUAUUAACCAACAAAACACAAUCAUCAGAUUUAGAUAUGAUAAGUCCAAGUUCAACACCCCAACAGAAUGAUACAGUAUCAACAGCUACUAUAGAGAGAUAUAAAUCACAAAUAAACACAUUACAAGCUGAACUUGAUGAGGUCAAGAAACAGUCUCUUGAACACAAAGAAGAAAGAGAAAAGAAACAAGUGGAACUUGAAGCUGAAUUAACAUCCUCUAAAAAAAUGAUUUGUGAAUUAGAGCAGGUUCUCGAAGCUCACAAAUUAAAAAGUAGAAUUGAAAGAGAAGCACUGAGUGAUAUGCAUGCACAGACACUAAAGGUGAUGACGACACCAACAAGAGCUAAAUAUCAUUUAAGAAAUCGUACUAUAGUUGCCAGAUGUUCUGGAGAUAAACCACCGAGUACAUUAAUGGAUGAUUCUAUAGAAGAAGAAGAUAAUAGUUUAUUAAAUGAAACACAACCAACUGUUAUGAUGGAAAUGGCUAACGAAGCCUUAACAGAGGAAAUUAAAUUAUUACAGGACACCAAUAAUAAAAUGUCUGAAAGAUUAGAAGAAUUUGAGGCUGACCAGAUUCGAUUACGUCAACAAAUGACGAAGAUUGGACUUGAAAAUAGCCAGUUAAAUGAAAUAUUAAGUAAUGAAAGAAGUAGUUGGACAGAAAAAGAAGAAACUAUGACAGCAAGAAUUAAUAAAUUAAAAUCAGAAUAUGAUGAAGCUGAGAGUAACUCUAGUAUGUAUAAACUAGAAGUGAGAGAUUUAAAGAUCAUAUUAUCUGGUGCUGAUAAAGAAUUACGGGAAUAUAAACAAAAAAGUAAAUUAGCUGAAUGUGAAAAAGAUAAAGUUAUACAAACUUUAGAAACUAAGAUUUUACAAGUUGACAUGGAGUUAGAUAGGUUUUCCAAAGAGCUUGAUUCGGUUACCAAGGAGAAAGAAAUAUUGCAGGAACAACUAGAAACAACAAGAGUGAUUAUAGAUUAUUACUAG